AAGUAGGUAUAGAAGAUAUGUACCGAUAUUAAGUUGUCACAUAUAAAAAUAGUUAAUAUUAAAUUAAUUUAAAAAUAUAAAUAUAUAUGUAUAAUUAAAAUAAUAAAAAUUUUAAAUAAAUAUACUACAAAAAAAAAAUCGUGAAACUACGUGCACAAAAAUAUAGGUUUAAGUGCGGAUUUCAACUUUCAAUUGCAGGACUAUGAGAUAUCGAAGGCGUAACUGUCCGCGCACAGGAUUGCGCAUCACAUGGUCGAAGAAAAUCAUCCGCAAAGAAUUGAUCGGGAAGGAGGAGUACAGGAACACAAAUCGCCGAGUCUCCAAAUGGAAGUUAGAGAUCCAGUGAUAAUCAGAGACAAGGACGAGAUGAGGCAAUGGUCAAGGUACAUGAGAGCCCAGGGCAAGACCAUAGGGUUAGUCCCCACCAUGGGUUAUCUACACGAGGGUCACCUCUCGCUCCUCAGAGAAGUACACAAGCACACCCACCUCACCGUGGUCUCCAUCUAUGUAAACCCAGGUCAGUUUUCUCCCUCUGAAGACCUCUCCACAUACCCAUCUGAUAUCCAUGGGGACAUCAACAAGCUUAAGUCGGUUCCUGGUGGGGUUGACGUUGUCUUCAAUCCUCACAAUUUGUAUGACUAUGGAAACAGUAGUGGUGAGAGAGAAAGGGAAGUGAAGAGAGAGAAAGAGGGAGGGGGGCUAGUGUCUUGCCUGGAGGAGAGGGGACUGGGGCAUGAGACAUGGGUGAGGGUUGUGAGGUUGGAAAAAGGAAUGUGUGGAAACAGCAGGCCUGUCUUUUUCAGAGGGGUUGCCACUGUUGUUGCCAAGUUAUUCAAUAUUGUGGAGCCCGAUGUUGCCAUGUUUGGGAAGAAGGAUUACCAGCAGUGGCGAAUUAUAAGGCGAAUGGUCAGGGAUCUUGAUUUUUCCAUAAAAGUAAUCGGUUCUGAGAUAGUUAGAGAUGAUGAUGGCCUUGCAUUGAGCUCCCGCAAUGUGCACCUCUCACCUGAAGACAGAGCAAAGGCCUUAUCAAUAAAUCAAUCACUUUUUAAAGCUAAGUAUGCUGCAGAAAAGGGUCAAACCAGUUGUAGAGAAUUGAAGAGUUCAGUCAUCCAAGCAAUUCAGGAAGCUGGAGGAAGAAUUGAUUAUGCUGAGAUUGUAGACCAAGAAAAUUUAGAGCCAAUGGAAGAGAUUAAAGGGGGCGUUGUGUUUUGUGUGGCUGCCUGGUUUGGUAAGGUGAGGCUAAUUGACAACAUGGAAAUCAAUGUCUGAGGUCAUGCGCUUGUUCAAACUGCAUUUCACACCAUCCACAGGUUGUAUCAUUCUUGUAGCCGACAUUUUAUAUGCUUCUUUGAUGCUCCUUUCAUGGCAAAUGUACUUGUAAACAUUGUCAAAUUUAGUAAACGGAGACAAAGCUUCUUUUUUUCGUCAAAGGAAGGAAAGAUUGGAUGAUUAUGGUCUAGUUCUUACAGUCUAA